AUGCCUCAAGGAAUCAGCCAACACCUCUUCUUGCCCAAGGGCCGCGGUAUCGGGCUCAAGGAUGGAAAACUAGACAAGGAGCCGUUUAGGAAAGUCCUUCCGGUGCUCGCGGCAAAGGUCGCGCCGGAGAAGGCAGGUGUGCUGCUUAAAUCUUCCGUCAUGAAAAGAUCAUUGUUGGACGUCCCGCGAGUGAAGAGUGUUGCGCGCGGACCUAAUGAUGAGCGUUUGGUGCUGCUGAAGUACUCCGACCAAGCCGACCUCACGCCAGAAGUACAGGACUUCCUCCAAACACAAUCUGCCGAGCUGGUAUCGCAUGAUAUUGUUUUUGACUAUGACUACUGGACUGCUGAUGAGAUCAUACAUGCUAUCCUUCCGGAGGAGAUAGAGUCCGGAGCGCCAUCUGGGUUCGCAACCGUCGGUCACUUAGCACAUCUCAACUUGCGACCUGAGUACUUGCCAUACAAGUAUGUCAUCGGUCAAGUGAUCCUGGAUAAAAGUCCCACGUGCAGGACUGUUAUCAACAAGCUCGACAACAUUGCCAACCAAUUCCGUGUUUUCCGGAUGGAGCUUCUGGCCGGGGAGCCCGACUAUGUUGUUACCCAGUCAGAAAACGGGUGUCAGUUCACGUUUGAUUUCCGGGAAGUUUACUGGAACUCGCGCCUACACACCGAACAUGAGCGAAUAAUCGCAAAUUUCAAGACAGAAGAUGUUGUAGCGGACGUUUUCGCGGGCGUGGGCCCUUUCGCGAUCCCUGCCGCGAAGAAGGGCUGUGCAGUCCUGGCGAACGAUCUCAACCCGUCAAGUUACAAGUAUCUGACGCAAAACAUCGCGGAGAACAAGGUUGACUCGCUCGUGCGACCAUCUUGCGAAGACGGCCGUGCGUUUAUUCGAAGUGCAUUCAACCGCGCCUAUGACGACUCUCUACCUCCUGUGCCUCCGCGCAAACCUAGCAAGGCAGAGGUGAAGGAAAGACGGGCCGAGGGGCAAGCUCCUCCACCACCACCCGGGCCCACAAGGCAGCGUGUCGACCAUUUUGUCAUGAACCUGCCUGAUACCGCGAUCCUGUUCCUGGACGCCUUCCGCGGAGUGCUAUCGCCUGCGAACGCCGGCGAGCGGGAUUUGAGCGGGCUUUAUGCCGAGGGCUCAAUGCCCAUGAUACACUGCCAUUGCUUCACACGAGAGCUCGAGCCGGAAAAAGCUGAGGUGGACAUACGCCAGAGGGUGGAAGAGAAGAUAGGGCAGGGGCUGGGAGAGGAAGCUACGUUCCACUGGGUCCGUUCCGUCGCGCCGCAGAAGGAGAUGUAUUGCGUCAGUUUCAGGCUUCCGCAUGCCGCCGCAUUUGCGAGCCCGUAG